CUUUGAAACUCCGAUCGCAGCCACCUGUAUUGCUGAUGGGCAAAAGACGUCGACAUUACUGCAAUCGAUAACUUUCUUUCAUCUAACAAACAAAAUUUUACCUAUGGACGACCACGGUGGCACUCUUAUGAUGGAAUCGAUGGACGGCAGUGGCGCUUCUACCAAUGGACCUGUGUCAAAACGACGAAGAAAGAACGACGGAGAGCCCAGCGAGCCACGAAGGCUAAGAAGAUCACACGAAGCUUGCACAAGGUGCAGAGGAAAGAAGAUAAAAUGCGAUUCUAAACAUCCACGAUGUACGGCCUGUGUCACUGCUGGCGUUGCCUGCAACCAGGAAGACCGCCAUAGGCAGACAACAAUCGCUAGGGACCAUACUGAACGUUUGGAACAAAUUGUUUCCCAGUGUGAUGCCCUGCUCAAACGCCACAUACAAGGUUUUAGUCUACAGACUAUCGAUGACCUCUGUUCCAGAGAAGGAAUAGACAUAUCUACCCUCCAACCAGUCCAAAAUCUUCCGAUUCAAACUAGCAGUAGUUCUCAGCCAGCUCCGGCGAUGAAUCCAGCCCCUCCGCCUCCACCUCCCGGUUAUUUUGCGCAUCCGCCUCCUCCAGGUGUCGGUUACUACCAAUAUCCUCCGUACAUGUAUCCUGCACCUCCUCCAUUCCAAUUGUCUCCUCUUUCGGCCCCUCCGGCACACCCUGCCGCUACCAUUCCCGGCCAGGAUCCAAAAUCAAACGACAUGUCAUCAACCCAUGCACUUGCCAAAUCAUUUGGCGUUGCUCCACACAUUGUCAACAAUGCUUCUGCAUCCCCCGCUCCAUUAUAUCACUAUCAUCCACCUGCUGUCGUAUACAACAGCAGCAUUACACCCCUUCCCUCUUCUUCCACCGCUACUGCCCGUCUUGCCGAAGAGGAUUUAGCAGUAGGUUCUUCAGGUCUGGAUUCUGGUCGUGACCGUGUUGUCCAACUUGAGAUGCCUGCCCCCAGGGAUACUGCCAAGUGGCGGGUAGUUUCUGUAUUUCGUUCUCAACAUUUUUCAUCUACACCAUCUAUGGAUAUAUGGAUUCCCAACGACCGCAAUACUCUCCUUGAAAUCGUCGAUGUCUACUUCACUCAACUCAAUCCUCAUCGUCCAGUAUUUUUCCGGCAUCAGUUUCUGGAGUCGCUCAACCAGCUAUACGACGAGGGAGCUUCAUCUAGACCUGUCUUUGAUCCUGGUUUCAUAUGCUCCCUUUAUCUGGUGCUUGCACUCGGGACUCUCAGUGAGCUCAAUAGGAGUGGAUAUCAGGGUGAAGCACCCGUCGGCGAUAGCGCUGCCGACCAUGAAAACGAUGACAGUCUUCUGUCUCCACCCUCACGGCCGGGGAAGGGAAAGAGAACAGCAAAAUCUGCUACAACUACUUCAGAGACAGGAGGUUCACGCCUCCCGGCUGAUUGGCCAGCUCACGAUGAAUUUUUCGAUCGUGCUUUGGCAGUAAAGCCUGAGCUUCGGGUAACGCUGAGCAGUCUCCAAGCAUUGAUCCUGCUCCAUUGGUAUCUCUAUGCUGAGCGUCAAGGUCGCACGCUAUGGCGUCUCGUAGGCUCUAUCGUGCGUUUGGCUAUCGAAUUGGGUCUCCACCAUGAUCCAACGACUCAAACGUUGAUCAAGCCUAAACCGUCUUCUUCUUCACCUUCUGCAACUACUGACAAUGGCGACACUGCAUACGAAGAUGUCCCCACAUUCACCCCACAGGAAUGUACUCUUCGUAUUUGGCUUUGGUCUAUAGUCUUAGUACAUGACCGCGGAACAAGUAUACUUUUAGGUAGGCCAUUGGCUAUCGCUCCCAGCGAUUCGAAUACUCCUAGACCUUCUAAUCGGUCUGGUGAAACCAUAUACACGGUCGCAGGAUCCAAUGUCAAGCAGCCUUCUGUGAAUGAUCACAUAUCCGAACACUUUUUGCUUUCGGCUCCAAUCGCAGAAAUACAGGCUGAUAUCAUUAUAUCCUUGUACAGUCCCACUAGGCAAUCAAGUGAAACCCUCCUCCGUAACGCUAGCCGUAUCAUCAAGUCAAUCGACCUUUUCCGCCGGUCCCUCCCACCCAAGUACAUGGAUUACUUCACCGGUACCGCCGCCUGGUCGAUCUCCAAACGGCAUUCUCUACUAGCGAGUCUCGAUGAAUCUACCGGAUUAACUCUCCUGAAACUCGCCAUAUCGCGCAUCCUUCUUCUUCGUGCGCUAUUCAGCUCCAAAGAAUUGGAAUAUACAGAACGAAAAAGGGCGCUUGUUGAUGCCAUUGUACAGGCGCACAACGUUAUUGCAAUUCAUACUGUGCUUGUGCGCUAUCCUGAAGUAGGAUUCUUCACGAGUCCAGUCCCGUUGCACAUUGCUGCCAUGGUCAUCCUUUAUGGUAGGAUGAGCAAAUGCGACGUGGGAAUACCUUCGCUUAUUGAUGGAGAAGGAAGUGAAGAUGGGGGGAGUAAUGCGGUGAGGAUACUGAUGGAAGACGUUUGGCUGGCUUUAGAUAUGCUUCCACGCUUCCGCUGGCGUUGGGAAACUGGGAGUGGUUCUAGCGGAGGAACAACUCCGCUCAUUGCCAAACUGGCGGAAGAGGUGAUGGAGACUUCUUUGUCUGAAGCUGGACUACGUGGGCUCGGAGCUCCAGAUGAAUCCGACAAGCGUGGUUCUAAUGACGCUACCGAACGUGGCCAAAAUGGGAGAAGUCGAAUGAUUGCAGGUAUCGGCCGACAAGGACCAGUUGGUCAACCAGUGUUAAUACCAGAACCGGAGUGGGUGGAAGAUGUUACUAGCCCAAACCGGGGGAAAAAUACUGGUAGCACUCCAGUCACGGCUAGUGGCAUGUGGGUACCUACUUGGACUGAGACCGUCCCGAGUCCCAAAAGUCAGCAAACUACACCAACAUUGCAAGCAGCGUAUCCGCCAUCAUCGUAUCCUCGGUCAUCUGCCAGUGCCCCUACUGGAGUGCCGUCGCACCCAUAUCCCCCUCCGAUUCCCACAUCGAGCCCUACGCAUACUGAUAAUUCGUAUCCCCAUCCUCAGUAUACAUUCAACCCACCAGUGUUUGGUCCCCAGCCUGUCAACGGAACAAAUGAGAAACCACCCAAAGCUACCUCUUCGAAUGCUCCCCCUUCCGCCACUCCAACGCGUAGCAAUGGAAUGCAGCCUUCUCUUUCAACUCACAUGAUGGAAGUUCCUCAUAGUCUUUUUUAUCCAAUUUAUCCAGAUGGCGUUCCCGUGCCUCCAGAAGGUGUUCAUAGAUCUUCCACCGGAACUCCUCGUGCUUCCAAUGGACCCCUAAGUCCGCCUCCCCAACCACCGCGGCUAUCUAGAACGACCACUUCGGGUUCGUCUGCACCGGCAGCCCAAAGCAGUGGGGCAACAAAUUCACUCCUUGCUGCAGUAGCGGUACAAGCCCGUGCACAUGGAGGACAGCAAGGUGCACCGGAUAUAUACAUGAAUGAAGAGAGGGGAAUUCAACCAGGCCAUGCUCACCCAUCGGGUGGCGGGUAUGUGGCUCUGAACUCUCAUGGUUCUUAUCAUGUUCAUACAGCUGGGCCGCCACCUGCUGCUCAUCAACACACCUCAUCUCAGUUACACCAUGCCGCGGUGAAUAGCCCGUAUCCACUUCAUCAUUCUGCUCAUGGUUCUAUGCCGCCACCUCCUCCUCACACCGUUUGGGCGAGUCAUGGGCACACGCGACCAGCGGGUUAUGCUAGUCAACCUUCCUGAUUACCUUGGUGCUCGAAUCUAGUCUCUUGUCAGUCUGUUCUAAUCUUUUCGAGGAAAUUUCCUUUUUCGUGGUAUGUAAAAGAUGUACGUGUAGGUUAAAUGCAUUAUCUUUCCUUCAGAUUGUGAAGAAAAUAUCAGUCGCUCAUAUACUUAUACAGAAUAGAACAACUUAUAUGGAAAUU